AGUGAGAGAGAGAAAGAGAGAGAGAGAGGUUCUCUCAGAGUGGCGGAGCUAGUGUCUCACUUCCUCAAACGAAGGAAUCACUGAGAGAGAAAAAAAAAAACGAGAGGAGCUAAAAGAACAACUUUCCAUCGUGUUGCUGCGGUGAGAAAGAACAGCACUGAGCAGGUGACCCCUGGUACUUGUCACCAUGGCUCCUUUUUUGAGGAUCACCUUCAACUCGUACGACUUGGGCAUCCUGCCUCCGUCGGACGAUGCUCCUUUCUGUGCGAUCAAGAUGAAGGAGGCCUUGACGACUGAGCGAGGUAAGACACUGGUCCAGCGGAAACCCACCAUGUACCCAGCCUGGAAGGCCAGUUUUGACGCACACAUCUAUGAGGGUCGGGUACUUGAGGUUCUGCUGAUGAAGACGGCAGAGGAGCCUUUGGCCGAGGUCUCCGUCGGCGUCUCUGUUCUGGCCGAACGCUGCAAGAAAGCCAACGGCCGUGCGGAAUUCUGGGUGGAUCUGCAUCCUUCUGGGAAGGUGAUGAUGGCUGUGCAGUAUUUUCUGGAGGGGGUGGACACAGAGAGAAAGCAGGAGCCGAAAGACGAGGAGGGCCCGACUCUGAACCGCAGACGAGGAGCCAUCAAACAGGCCAAGAUCCACUUCAUCAAGAACCAUGAGUUCAUUGCCACGUUCUUCAGACAGCCGACGUUCUGCUCUGUGUGCAGGGAUUUUGUCUGGGGCCUCAACAAGCAGGGCUAUAAAUGCAGACAAUGCAAUGCAGCCAUCCACAAGAAAUGCAUAGACAAAAUUAUUGGCAGAUGCACCGGCACGGCUGCCAACAGCAGGGAUACUAUGUUCCAGAAGGAACGUUUUAAGAUUGACAUGCCGCACCGUUUUAAGAUCCACAACUACAUGAGUCCCACCUUCUGUGACCACUGUGGAAGUCUGCUGUGGGGCAUCGUCAAACAGGGCCUGAAGUGUGAAGACUGUGCCAUGAAUGUUCAUCACAAGUGUCAGGAUAAAGUUGCCAACCUUUGUGGAAUCAACCAGAAGCUUCUGGCUGAAGCGCUGACACAAGUCAGUCAGAAAUCGUCCACCCGCCGCUCUGAUCCUGCUAUGCCAAAUCUGUCUGACAUUGGAAUCUAUGAUGAAGUGAACAAACUUGCUGGUCUGGAAAUCAAUGAGGGACCCGCCUAUGGUCGGCUGUGGGAGGGGUCCAGUCCGAGGCCUCAGUCUCGUCUUACCCAUCUGACGCGCAUCAACGUGGACAACUUUAUCUUCCACAAGGUCCUAGGAAAAGGCAGCUUUGGCAAGGUACUCCUCGCAGAGCUGAAGGGUCGCGGUGAGUACUUUGCCGUGAAGGCCCUGAAGAAAGACGUGGUGUUGAUGGAUGACGACGUGGAGUGCACUAUGGUGGAGAAGAGAGUCCUGGCUCUGGCCUGGGAGAACCCUUUCCUCACGCACCUUUACUCCACCUUUCAGAGCAAGGAGCAUCUGUUCUUUGUGAUGGAAUACCUGAACGGAGGAGACUUGAUGUUUCAUAUUCAGGAGAAGGGACGCUUUGAUCUCUGCAGAACCACCUUCUACUCGUCCGAGAUCAUUUGUGGUCUCCAGUUUCUACACUCCAAAGGCAUCAUCUACAGAGACCUUAAGUUGGACAACGUGAUGCUGGAUCACGAGGGACACAUAAAGAUCGCAGACUUCGGCAUGUGCAAGGAGAACGUGUUGGGAGAGAAUCGUGCCACGACCUUCUGUGGCACUCCGGACUACAUCGCUCCAGAGAUCCUGCUGGGACAGAAAUACUCCUUCUCAGUCGACUGGUGGUCGUUCGGCGUGCUGCUGUACGAGAUGCUGGUCGGACAGUCGCCGUUCCACGGAGAUGAUGAGGACGAGCUGUUUGAGUCCAUCCGCAUGGACACUCCUCACUACCCCCGCUGGAUCAACAAAGAAGCCAAGGACUUGUUGGAGAGGAUGUUUGAGAGAGAUCCCACUCGCAGGCUAGGGGUUGUGGGUAACAUUCGUUUGCACCCCUUCUUCGCGGUCAUAAACUGGCAGGCUCUGGAGAGAAGAGAGGUGGAGCCUCCCUUCAAACCUAAAGUGAAAGCGCCCAAUGAUUGCAGCAACUUUGACCACGAGUUCCUCAGCGAGAAACCUCGUCUCUCCUACAGCGACAAGAACUUCAUCGACUCCAUGGAUCAGUCGGCGUUUGCUGGCUUCUCAUUCAUCAACCCAAAGAUGGAGCACCUAUUAGAAAAGUAA